AUUUUUAUAUUUAUUAUAAUUAUUAAUUUUUUAAUUUUAUUCUUAAUAGUUUUUAUGAGAGUAGCUUUUUUUACUUUAUUAGAACGUAAAGUUUUAGGUUAUAUUCAAUUACGUAAAGGUCCUAAUAAAUUUUUAUUAAGAGGUAUUUUUCAACCUAUAGGUGAUGGUUUAAAAUUAUUUUUUAAAGAAGUUAAUUAUCCUAGAAAUAUAAAUUUUUUUAUUUUUAUAUUUUCACCUAUAUUAGGUUUAUUAAUUUCUGUUGUUUUUUGAUUUAUUUAUCCUUAUAUUGGUAUAAAUUAUAUUAUAGGUUUUGGUUUAAUUUAUAUAUUUUGUUGUUCAAGUUUAAUAGUUUAUAUUUUUUUAAUAAUUAGAUGAUCAUCUAAUUCUAAUUAUUCAGUUUUAGGUAUAAUUCGUUUUAUUUCUCAGAUAAUUUCUUAUGAAGUUAGAAUAAUAAUUAUUAUUAUAAAUUUAAUAUUUUUAAUUAAUAGAUUUAAUUUGAAUGAUUUUUAUAUUUAUCAAAUAAAUUCUAAAUUUUUUUUUUUUCUUUUUUUAAUAUUUAUUUUAUUAUUAAUUAGAUUUUUAGCAGAAAUAAAUCGUUCUCCUUUUGAUUUUUCUGAAGGUGAAUCAGAAUUAGUUUCUGGGUUUAAUAUUGAAUUUAGAAGUUUAUCUUUUAUUUUUAUUUUUAUAUCUGAAUAUAUAAGAAUUAUAUUUAUAGGAAUAUUAUUAUGUGAAAUAUUUUUUGGUUUAUUAAUGAAUAAAUUUUAUUUAAAUAUUUUUAUUUUAAUGUUUAUAUUUUUAGUUAUUUGAUUACGUGGAUUUUUACCACGUUUUCGUUAUGAUAAAUUAAUAUAUUUAAUUUGAAAAUUAAUUUUACCUUUAUCUUUAUUUUUAUUUGUAUUUAAUUUUUCUAUUAAAUUAUUUAAUUUAUAUCAUUAA